CUUUUUCAUUUCUGGUGCACAGUACAUAAUGAGCUUGCAUGCACAGCUGAUAAUUUCUUUGAUCUGGCCGUCCGUCACAGCAUCUUGUGAUCCAGAAUUCACAUCACUGUCAGCUAUCUUGUUAACGUCACUGGCAGUAAGAUGACUAUGGCUGCAACUACCACUGCUGUUGUUGCUUUCAGUGGAAUGACUGGGAAUUCAUCCACAGUAAACUUCUUAAGCUCUACUACAGCACCCAUCACCAGUAUCACCUCUGUGACCGGAACAGAUUACUACUCUUACUCUGACUACCCUGAAGAAGGCUUCGGGUUGUGCGCGUAUGAGCGACAUGCGGCCACUUUUCUGCCACCCCUCUACGCCAUUUUCUUCGUCCUGGGUCUUCUGGGUAACUCUCUGGUCAUCUGGGUCAUUACUUGUGGGGUGCGACUCCGCAGCAUGACAGAUGUGUGCCUCCUAAACUUGGCUGUUGCUGACUUCCUCUUGGUGUGUACCCUUCCCUUCCUAGCCCACCAAGCCCGGGACCAGUGGCGAUUUGGGGAUGGGAUGUGCAAAGUAGUCCUGGGUAUUUAUUACAUUGUGUUUUACUGUGGGAUCUUUUUCAUCAGUCUAAUGAGCAUCGACCGGUACCUUGCUAUAGUCCAGGCUGUUUACGCCCUGAGGGUACGGACGAGGUCCUUUGGAAUGAUUGCAGCUGCUGUCACUUGGAUUGCUGGAUUCUUUGCUUCUUUCCCUGACAUGAUCUUUCUCAAACAGCAGUCUUUCAAUAAUUCUACGUUCUGCUCCCCUGAAUAUCACACAGUUAACGCCCCUGCAUUCAGCUCUCACUUUUGGAGGGUCUUCAGCCUUUUUAAAAUGAACAUUUUGGGUCUGUUUGUCCCGAUUGUCAUCAUGGUUGUCUGCUACUCACAGAUUGUGUGGAGGCUGCUGUACAGCCAGUCAUCCAAGAAACAGGCCAUCCGUUUAGUUUUCAUAGUAGUCGCUGUUUUCUUCUGCUGCUGGGUCCCCUACAAUGUGGCAUCAUUUUUUAAAGCGCUGGAGCUAUUGGACAUCUAUACAUCAUGCGAAAGCAGCAAAGCCAUCACAUUGGCUUUACAAGUGACUGAGGCCAUCGCCUACUCUCACUGCUGCCUCAACCCCAUCCUGUACGUGUUUGUAGGGGAGAAGUUUAGGAAGCAUCUGCUGAGGUUGAUAAACAGAACUCCUUGCAGGCUGUGUCAGAUGGUCAAGGUCUGCAUACCUCAGGACAGAAUCUCAACAUCAGUCUACUCACAGACCUCCAGUCUGGACGAGAGGAGCACUGUUGUGUGAUGCGUGUUUCGGUCUGUGUGGUCGUCUCCAAGAUGAGGUCAUUUUUCUUGUGAAGUCAGAAAGAGGUAAUUCUAAUGCUCACUUCUCAUAGACUAUUUUAGGAUGUCAGGUUACUUAACGUUACAGUUGGGCUGCGGGGAAACGCAUACUAUGUAAAAUUUAUCGCUUAUUGUUCCUAAACACAACAUCCAGACUUGGCCUCUCUUUCUUUAGCUCAAUCAGACUGAUGCCCUUUUCCACCAAAAUUAGCCUGUGUAUGCAAAUUUUUUUAACAGGGGAGAAGCACUUAAAAAUAGGUAACAGACUGCCUUCCCAUUGCCAGCAGACCAGCGCCAUGCACACAGCUCUGCAGCAGUAUGCCAGUCUGUUUUUUUUUUCUGAUGUGUUAUGUUUGACGUCACAAACAGACCAUAAAACAGGUUAGUAAACAAUAGAAAGCAGGAUGGAGGCCAGUGAAGAUGUUAAAGGUGGUUACCUGUUCUUUAUAUGCUAAAAUUAGCAUGCCAAUCUGGGUGUCAGGUGUCUAUUUGCAUCAGAGCUGGAGCUGAUAAAUACCUGUGACUACUUCAGAGUCAUUUGUCCCCCAUGAGUGAAUGCCGAUCGUAACCUUUCCCACACAAAAGCCACAUGUUAGUGGGUGUUAGUGGAUUUUUGUCCAGUGGGAAAGGGGCUUAAUCAGAGAAAUAAAAGAUUAUUUAGAUUUAUUUUUAAGUGUUCUAAAGCACAAAUAAGCAUGCCCACACCUCCACACAACCCUACCUAAGGUGCUGCAUUGCUGGAUUUUGUCUGAAUUCAGCCUAAACGCAUGUUUCAUUUCAUCCUGUCCACUUCUAUGUGUGCAUGUGUGCGUGUGUGUGUGUGCACGCAGUGUGUGUGUAUCAAAAAGAUGCACAAACCUGCUGUUCACAUCCACAGAGCAGAGGAGAGAGACGGGGACAGCGAUGAAACCUUGGUCACUUAGCUGUUUUUUUUUUUUUUAAAAGUCCUGACCUUGCGUUGCUUUUAGCUGGGGGCUACGCACCACGUCCGAAAAGUUUACACCCACAAACAUCCAAAACAAACCAAAGUACUAAAAAAAUACAGGCAGAGGGCAGGUUCUCUGUAGAUACAGACACCGCCCCACACUUCUAGUGGGUCAUAGGUGAUGACUGCGGGCAGUUCCUUUUGUAUGAAUCUAUGCAUUGCUUUUUUUAGGAAGGUCAUGCAUAAAAUACUUCUAAUGAUAGGGUACAUUUUAGGUCUUGGAAGGGGAACUAGGUUAGCUAGUGACUGGUUAUUAAUAAUAUAGGGAAGUACAUGUGACUGUAUGUUAGCUUGAGCGACAUGAGGUUUAUGGUCUCAUGAUGUUGUCAUAUUAUACUUUUAUAAAUUCCACAGACAUACAAAUGUAUAAUGGAAUUGUACUGUAAAUAUGCUUUUAGAUAUAUAGAGAGAUAUUGUUUAUGAAUUACAUGUAGUUUUCCCUGAUUAAUAAUGCUACUGGCAGAAACUGAAUAAGAAACUGUGUCAACUACACCAGCUGUCAACGUCAGCAUCAGAAGCCUCAGUAACCUCAUUUCAUAUCAGCUGCCAAAAGAAACAACAGACGCACAGUGCUGCAACAAUCCAGAGGUGGACUCGGUUACUCACCAUUUCCUUGCAUUCAAUCAGAGCAAACACCAUUAAGUAAGAGAGGGGAAACAAAUAUUAACUUUGAUUGAUGAUGACCACUCUUACAAGUGCAUCGGUUUUGUGUGUAUCAGAGUGUUGCACAGCAAAAAGUCCCCGUUGCAGCUGGAAACACUUAUUGCAAGUUUCAUAGCAUAUGUACCGGUAGAUUUGCACCUAACCUCAACCUAGAGAAAACCACAACCUGACAAAGAGAGGAAGUGUAUAACCAAGCUGUCAGUUUAACCUUUGCAGUGUCUGUGCGCAGCAGAGCAUUUCACUGUCAAAUUUUGAAAAUGUCUCUGCAAAAUUUCUACUGAUAUUAAUCACCAUUUCACAAAAGAAGAAUCAUUACACUCUAUACUCUGUCAUGCAGACUGAAUAGGCAUCCCAUCCAGUCAAUUUACACUUCAAGUUUUUCAUUAGACUUUUUUUCCCAGUGGCUUCCUCCUUCUGAGCUUGUUCCUCCAAUCAAAAGGCUUCUUUAUAUACUGUACUGUUGUUGCUGGUUGAGCUGUUCAGCAUUUUUUUUUAAUAAAACAGAUUUUAUGUUAGUAUUCAA